UCGCGGCCCCCGCGUCCCCCCGCUCGGCGUCCCGGGCCGGGGCCCACGCGGGCCCCGUCCCUCGCGUGCGAGCCGCGCUGCCCCGCGUCAUCAUCCCCUUCCCCUGCAAGGACGGGGCCCCGCCGCCCGGACCCCACGCGGGACCCAAGACCUCUCCCUCCAAGAGCCCCGCGUCCCAUCAACAGCAGCAGCAGCAGAGGCCUCCGGCUCUAGACGGCCCCGCGCUCGUCAAGGCCCGCGCUGCAGCACCUGAAGGCGCGAAGGCGCGAGAGGGAGCGCGGCGCAGCCGAAGCGAGGCAGGAGCAGGGCCCCGUGGCCUCGGGGCCCAAGGCGGAGACCGAGAACGGGCGCCCGGGGCAGGACAAGGAGGCCCCGUUGUUCGUGGACAGAUCGUUGAGGCUGCGACCUCCUCCACGGGGGGCUGCCGCGGGGCCCGGCGAGAGGAACGGGCCCCAGGGCGCGGGGCGACAGCGCCGGCGGUGGUCUCCUCUGCCUCCUCCUCCAGCUCCGAGCUGUCGGACACGGAUGAGGGCCCCUCCGAACCCCGCGGGCCCCCGGCCCCGUCUCGCCUCCCGCCAGCAGCAGCAGCAGCAGCAGCAGCAGCAACCGCCACGCGGACCGGGCCCCGGGGUCCCCGGGAGGGACGGGGAGAUUCCGGCCCGCUGGACGGGGACCCAGGGCCUCCAUCCGACGUGCGGGACCAACGCCGCCCCCGCGGGUCGCGGCGUGGGCCCGCGGCCCCCCCCCGCGGGCCCCCGCGGCCCUGGCACGGCUCCCGCUCCCGCCCACUGCUCCCACACGUCGGGGCCAGCAGGGACCCAGGCCUCAGCCUCGGCCCGGGGCCCCGCUCGCGAGUGGCCGGGGCCCCCUCGCAGAGACCUCCACCACGCCGCGCCGCCCCCGGGCCACUCGGCCAAGCAGGGCCCGGCCGGCGGUCCGGGGCCCAAGUUGGUAUCGGGCUCCACCGUGACUCAGCCGCACAAGCCCCCGGGCAUCCACGUGCCCCGCCAGGGACCGCCGGCCCACGGGGCCCCCGCCAAGCACCCGCCAGGCCCCCACAAGGCCCCGCUCGCCCAGCACGCCCAGCACCAACGUCCCGCUCCGCUGAACGGGGCCCUCUUUGGGGGAGGCUGUGCCGGCUACGGGGCCGCGGGGGCCGGCGGGGCCCAAGCGUCGGGAGGGUUGCUGGGGCCCCGGCAGGGCCCGCUGGCGGCCAGGGACUCGCAGAGGGACAAACGGGCCCUGCUGUCGUCGCUGUACCGGCGCGACGGGGGGACCCCUGUAGCGGCGGCCGCCGAGAAGUCCGGGCCCCGCGCCGACCUCGGGAGGCCUCGCACGGGGCCCCUGCCCUCGUUCAAGGCCCUGGGCCCCUACAACGCGGGGGCCAAGCCGAGCGGCAGGCGUGACCCCGGGGCCCCCACCCCCGACCCACCCAAGGCGAGCGGCGAGAAGCCAGGGGUGGGGGCCCCCACGGAGGGCCCAGUGGGGGCCCCCGGCCGGGCCGGGGAGGGGGAGGUAGAAGAGGUGAACCCGGGGUGGAGGUGCGGAGACGGCACGCGGAGACCCACGGGCCCAUCAAGCAGGGCGCACUCUCCCGGCCGUGGGAUCGCCUCCUCGCCCUGAAAAAACUUCCGGAGCUCGACACAAAACACCGUCCGAACCACAACCACCACAACCCGCACCACCAGCACCACCACAACAACCACCACCACCACCAUCCGCAGCAACCGCAGCAACAACCACCGCAGCAGCAGCAACAACAGCCGCCUCCGCAGCUGUCGGCGAAGAUCGGAGGGCAGCGGUGGCGGCCGCGAACGGCGCCCCCAGCCCCGUGCCCGCGACGGCCUCUUCCCCCUGCACCGGCAGGCCGGAGGGUCGCUGGGGCCCGAACCCGGCUCCCGGGCGGGCCCCCCCGGCCACACCGCGGGGGGCGCGCCGCCCCCCACCGAGCGGGCCGGACGCGCGGGGGGCCAGGCCGCGUGCGAGGCGGUGGCGCGGGCCGCCACGCUGACGCCCACGUGACGGGUCGGGGCCCCCCAUCCCGCGUCGCCACGGUGGCGGCGGUGGCCUGUAGAUACGCGAGACGGGGACCGACCCCGCGGAGGAGCCCUGGGAUGGCCACCGCUCUGGGGUCGGAGGUCGCGGGGGUUGGGGGUGGUGGGAGUUGUUGGGGGGACCGCUUUCGACCCGAUUCGGAGACACGAGUUGUUGAGCACUUGGGGCGCCCCACCGGAGAGACGGCGCGGGGAGGCCAACUUGGACUUGUGGAGCCUUCGGGCGCGUCUACCGCUGCAGGUCACGCUGCUCUCCCACGACGACCCCGGCCACGCCGCGUUGAGACUCGGCGCGUUGCUGUCGGCGAGGGGUCGUGCCGAUGAGGGAAAACACGAGGUCCCGCUGUCGCAGUUAGGGACUUGCGACUCGGCUCCAGGAGACCAAGAUUCUGGGCUCGAGACUCGGAUCCAAGGAUCCAGGCGUCUUGUUGGGACCUGCUUCUACGGGACCAUUAUUCCUGGAUCAGAGACUGACGAUUCUGUGGACUUGGGCGUGGAGAGUUGGGGGGGGGGGGGGACGGAGCAGGGCCACUCGACUCUAGGUGGUCGCGUCGCUGGUGUCAAUUCAGCGUUGGCAUCGUUGCUUUGGCGAUGCCAUUGGGUUUGGCCGACUGCACCGCGAGAUGUGAACCGGGGUUGGGCGCGAGGGGGUGGAGGAAACCGCCCGUGUGACCGGCAAACAAACUCGCGUGGGACCACGCGCACGAGUUCAGCGAGGACGCUCCUAGACGCGUUGUCAUUGCAUCGUCAUCAGCGUUGUGAUCAUCAAUAUCGUCACGGUCGUCAUAUCAUCACUGUCGUGGUCAUCAUCCUGGAUGGAACCACGUCGAUUCCCGGCUCCACCUCCCCACACAGACGUCCCCACCGCCAGCUUGUGCCAAAGAGCGGAGGCUCCGUUCUCCGUGGGGGGGGUGGGGGGGGGGGGCGGGCGGCGGCGGCGCUCAUCAACUCAUCACGCACGUCGUCGUCGUUAAUCUCGUCGCUGUCAUCGAUGCUGUCAUCGUUUUGUUGUUGCUCGGCGGGAGGGACGGAUGCGGUGGGGCCCUAUGGGCCCCAAAAUAAAUGUGGAACCACGU